GUUUCCUGUGUGAGGGCGGCUGGUGAGCCAGGUCUGCUCUGGUGGCUGAGCCCGAGCGUGCCGAGUUACCGCGAACUGCAACUCUGAGACCUGGCUAAACUCUGAGAGUUGCAGGAGCAGCCGUUUCGGGUGGACCCAGCGAGGGCGCUGAGAGGAAUCGGCCGUGGGGCUCGCUGUGGACCACAUUUCCCAGAGGGCCUGGCGACUCGUGCUCUUCUCGCGGGAACUCGAACUUCUCAUCACGCCUGGCGGGAGCGUUAGAUCCUUGAGGUGAGAUCGUGGGCACCUGGGGGAACUGGUUCAGCUCUGCAGCUUCGGACCCCCGGGGACCCGAAAGGCCUAAGUUGAGGAGACCGGAGGCCGAUAUGGAGCUCGUUCUGUCCUUCUCCAGGUGAGGCGCAGAAGAGAAGGAAACAAUGCAUGCUGAACUUCUACAAGCAGUUUUCAGGGGGUCAGUGAUGUUCAGGGAUGUGUCUAUAAACUUCUCUCAGGAGGAAUGGGAGUGCCUGGACUCUGGUCAGAUGAAUUUAUACAAAGAAGUGAUGUUGGAGAAUUUCAGCAACCUGGUUUCAGUGGGACUUUCCAGUUCUAAGCCAGCUGUGAUCUCCUUAUUGGAACAAGGAAAAGAGCCCUGGAUGGUUGACAGAGAGCUGACGAGAGGCCUUUGUUCAGAUCUGGAAUCCGUGUGUGAGACCAAGUUACUCUCUCUAAAGAAGAGACAUUUUAGUCAAGUGAUGUUUACCCAUGAAGACAUACCCACUUUUAUUCAGCCCACGUUUCUUAUUCCACAUCAAAAAACUAUUAAUGAAGAGAAGCCCUGUGAAUGUAAAAUAUGUGGAAAAGCCUUUAAUCAAAACUUACACUUUGUUCAACAUCAGAGAAUUCAUUCUGCUGAAAAAAACUAUGAAUGUAAGGAGUGUGGGAAAUCCUUUAGUCGUGGCUCACUUGUUGCUCGACAUCAGAGGAUUCACACUGGUGAAAAACCCUAUGAGUGUAAAGAAUGCGGCAAGGCUUUUAGUUGUAGUUCAUAUUUUUCUCAACAUCAGAGGAUUCACACUGGUGAGAAACCCUAUGAAUGUAAGGAAUGUGGAAAAGCCUUUAAUUAUUGCUCAAACCUUAAUGAUCAUCAGAGAAUUCACACUGGUGAAAAACCCUAUGAAUGUAAAGUAUGUGGAAAAGCCUUUACUAAGAGUUCACAACUUUUUCCACAUCUGAGAAUUCAUACCGGUGAGAAACCUUAUGAAUGUAAGGAAUGUGGGAAAGCCUUUACUCAACAUUCAAGGCUUAUUCAACACCACAGGAUGCAUACUGGUGAGAAACCUUAUAAGUGUAAGGAAUGUGAGAAGGCCUUUAGUAGUGCCUCAACACUUACUAACCAUCACAGAAUUCAUGCUGGCAAGAAACUCUAUGAAUGUAAAGAAUGUGGAAAGGCCUUUAUUCAGAGCUCAGAACUUAUUCAACAUCAGAGAAUACAUACAGAUGAAAAACCAUAUGAAUGUAAUGAAUGUGGAAAGGCUUUUAAUAAAGGCUCAAACCUUACUCGACAUCAAAGAAUUCACACUGGUGAGAAACCUUAUGACUGCAAGGAAUGUGGAAAGGCCUUUGGUAGUCGCUCUGACCUCAUCCGCCAUGAAGGAAUUCAUAUUGGAUAAAUGAAAGGCCCUUAUGACUGUAAGGAGUAUGGAAAGGCCUUUGGUAGUCGCUGUGACCUCAUCCACCAUGAAGGAAUUCAUAUUGGAUAAAUGAUAGGCCCUUUUGAUAACCUUUAUAAUAAUAUUUUUUAAAACAGGUAAUGCAAAAAAUAAACAAAAAAUCCCAGAUAAUGCAUGAUCAAAGUUCCUCUCUGUAGUAGUUUUCUAGGGCUACUAUAACAAAGUACCAAGUACCACAAAACUAGGUGGCUUAAAACAACAGAAACUUAUUCUCUCAGUUUUUGAGCCUUGAAACCCACAAAGUUGUUGGCAAGGUUGGUUCCUUCUGGGGCUCCGAGGAAGAAUGUGUUCCAUGCCUAUCUCCUAGCUUCUUGUAACAGCAAUUUUUGCCAUACCUUGGCUUGUAGACGCAUUGCUCCAAUCUCUGCCUCCAUCUUCACACUGUGUUCUCUCUGUGUCUCUUCUUUCAUAUGGACACUGGUCAUAUUGCAUUAGGGCUCACCCUAAGGACCUCAUCUUAACUUGAUUAUAUGUGCAAAGACCUUAUUUCCAUGUAAGAUCACAUUCACAGAUACCAGGUGUUAGGACCUCAGCAUAUUUCAACCAAUUACCCUCUGUUAAUACUGUUUUCUAAUGUAUUUGUAAUUUUAUACAUAAAGUUAAUCAAAUGUAUUUUAAAAUGUGAAUUCAAGGUCUAAAUUAAACACCCUUUUCCCCAAAAAAAGAUUCUAUCCCCAAACUACUUAUUCCAUAAUUCCUUCCCAUUUAUUCUCUGUUUUGGUUAUAUAGCUUGUAUUAACUUAUGUUUUAGGGCCGUCUUUUCUAUAUCUGUGGCCUACAGAAUUACUACACUGUAAAUUAUGUUACAUAGGCUAUC